AUGGCGGCAGCGCAGCUGCUCGGCGACGACGGCCGCGGCUACGAGCUGGCGCGGCGGCUGGAGGCGUGCGGCGCCUGGCGCUCGUGGCUCGGCGACGGCGCGCACGCCUCCCUCGCGCAGCACCUCGCGUCCCCCUCCGCCUGGGACGCCUUCCUCUGCCCCUCCUCCUCGCCCCAGCCCCCGCGCCACCUCCUUCAGCUCCAGCUCCGCGUCCGCGCGCUCCUCUUCGACAAGGCCUCCGCCGCGCUCCUCCCCACCGCCCGCGCCCGCGCCUCCCCGGCCGGCCCCCACUCUCUCAGCGCCACCUAUCUUCAGCUUCAUGGAGAUGAUAUUUAUUUCUCAUUGGAAGAUGAGCAAGAAGAUGGAACUCAUCAUCAGAUGCAAUCUGGAACUGCAUUUAGUCCAAGCAGGGAGAGUUCGAUGUUGUCUCAAAGGCAUAAGCGACACGAUGAGUUACCUGGCUCAUGGUACAAGCAAUAUGCUGAAAAGUUCAGGACAUGGCAUGGCAAGUUUCGCUCAGAUGACAAAGACAUACCAAAGAGAACAUCGGAGGGAAUGUCUAAUUAUCUUAAGGUUUGCAGUGUGCAUAAAAGGAAGAGGGCUGUGUUUAUGGAUGAUCAGGGUCCCAACAUGAAGUUAGAAAAUGGCCCUUCCCUACAAUCAAAGACUGCUGGGGAUUUCAGUAAUUUAAUAGAUGAUGCUUUCAUUCCAGAAAUUCGAUUUCCGACUGACUGUGUUCCAGAAAGUGCAACUCCUAGAGAGAGUGGCAUAUCUAGGAGUGACAACAUAGAAGUUCAUGGUGUUCUUGAUAAUUUACCGGCACCUGUUAAUCGCAACACUGCAAUGCUCGAAAGGUUUGGCAUGAUGCCUGAGUACUACAAGACAGGAAACAAAUAUAGAGGCAAAAAUGGAUCCAAACUAGAAGGAAAGUCUUUAAGUCAAGAGCAAGCAUUGCUUAUCACACGGAAGCUGGUUGCUCGAUACUUAGCAAUUGCAGGCUUUGAAAGUGGAACUGCAGUGUCUGUUGAUGUUUUUUCAGAAAUAAUAAUUAAGCACAUCAAUAAGCUAGGGCACAGUUUGAAGCUUCUAACAGACAGCUACAGGAAACAAUUUUCAUCUAUGGAGCUCCUUAAGAUGUUCCUACAGACUGUUGGCUACAGUAACAUUGGACCCUUGAUGGAGAUUACAAAGACGGGGAAUAGGGUGAUUAGCCACCCAACUCAUCAAGAUGCACAAGUACAAAAUCAAAAUAAUCUUCUUCAAGCCCAACAGCUCACACGGCAAUUCCCUCCCCAAAUGACAAUGCAUAACCAGAAUCUGACACCACAGCAGCACCAGUUGCUGCAGCAGCAACAGUGGCUCAGGCGCAACCAAAUGAACCAAAUGACUAGCCCCCGUGGUGCUCUUACAAUGGCAGAUAAAAACCAGACCAUGGCAAACGUGAAGCUUGAGAAUACCAUGGAUUCACAAAUUGAUAGCUCGUAUGGAUCUCUCACUCGGCAACAACAGAUGCAGCAGCUAAGGCAGCAGCAGCUAUUGCAGCAGCAGCAGCAACAACAGAUUCAGCAGCUUCAGCAACACCAUCAGCAGCAGCAACAACAACAACUCCAGCAGCAGCAUCUGCAACAGCAGCAGCAUGUUCAGCAGCAGCAGCAACAACAACUCCACCAGCAGCAGCUGCAGCAGCAACAGCAGGUUCAGCAGAAGCAUCAGCAGCAGCAACAGCAGCUUCAGCAGCAGCAACAACAACAACAGCAACAGCUUCAGCAGCAGUUGGCCAUCUCAGGAAACCAGAACACCCAGCUAGGGCAGAUGACAAUGCUAGGAAACCAGAACGCCCAGCUAGGGCAGAUGACAAUGCCAGGAAACCAGAAUGCCCAGCUAGCGCAGAUGACGAUGCCAGGAAACCAGAAUGCCCAACUAGCACAGAUGACAAUGCCAGGAAACCAGAAUGCCCAACUAGCGCACAUGACAAUGCCAGGAAACCAGAAUGCCCAAUUAGCGCAGCAGUUCACACAAGCGCCGCAACCAAUGAACUCAUACGGCAUGCGAGUGCCACCCGUGAAAGUGGAGGCGUUCCACGAAUUGGUGAGCGGGGACUCGUCCAGUGAUACCAGCAAACUCACCUCUCCCAAGUAGAUCAGGCAUUGUACCGAGGAAGAUGUAGCUACUGUAGCUGUAGUGUACAAAAACGAACAUAAGACCCGCCGUUUGCUGUUGUUGUACUCCCAAGUCUGCAGUGACACCGCCGUGUAUUGUAGAUGUAAUAGAUUUACUAAUUGAGGUGAUACAAGUAUUUAUUAUUAGCUCAGAAGAUGAUUUUCGUGGCA